AUGUGCACUCUACAUGUAAGCCACUCGCCGCUGACAGGAUUUCUUCCUUCAUGGGGUGCGGCACCUGUCAUGCCUAGAUGGCCGAAUCGUGUAUCAAAGCAAGAGGAUUUGUACACGAGAGAGAAGAGGAGCUGCACACAACGCAUUCGAUCGCGAUCGAGAGCCAAACGUCAAGUUGAACCGGUGCCAUUCAGAUCAGUGCCGCGUGCCAAAGUCUGGGAGGCCGAUGCUUUACAACGUGAUUUCCCAAGGAGGACCCCGCUGGAAGGCACCGAGUUUUUGGCCAAACCCAAGGACCAUCUGAGGUGGCUGUCCAAAGACUUGGCAGCUGUAGCGCCAGAGAGAUGGUUUGCUCGUCUUGUGGUUCCGACGAAGCAUGAAGCGAAGGUUUGGCCAAUGCAGGAAGAUGACCUGGCAAAGAGAUGCCUCUUUAAUGGCUACCAGGGCAGUGUUUAUGACGUGGAAUCGAAGGGUAAGGAUGGCAGGUGGCGGAAGGCAGUGAUGAAGCUGCCGCCUGAGAGCAAGCUUGGACUUAAGGAUGCAAUUGCAUACAAUUGGCCCUCGCCAGACAAGACAAUGGCAGCAGAUGACCAGUCUCCCAGCGUUGAUCUUGACUUUAAGAAAGUAUCCAGAUGCCCGUGUAUUUCAUUGAUGUCUCACUGCGGAACAAUCAGACUUCGAUUGCUUGUGGUCUUUGGUGAUGCCAUGCAGUCUCAGGCUUUGGCUAUGCGUGCCAUGUGUGGACGACAAGCCCUACUUCUUCCUCUGUAA